UGCCCAGAGGUUGCCAUGGCAGCCGAAGUCUGGGAUGAUGGCGCUGUAGAGCAGGAAGGGCAGCUGCUUGGCUCUCCUCCAGGCAGGGCUUCAGGGGAAUAGAGUUGCACAACAACAAGAAGCCAGGCCUGUGACUGUGUUGGAAACUCAGUCCCUGGAGCUGAUCUGCCAGACUCAGGAGGGGAGGGCGGCUGGGAUCCCGGAAGGAAAGGGGGCCCAUGAGUCACCAGCAAGUCCCUGGCAUUCCCUCCCUUCUCCUUCUCUCCUUCAGUCGGAGGAGCUCUCCGUUUCCAGCCUGGUUGCAGCUGCUUCUUGUCCCUCUUCCUCCUGGGAAGAUCUUGGCUGAUUUGCCCUUGGUAUCAUCUAAGUGAUAGUCCAAAGUGACAGGUUCUGAAAGAUGGAUGGCCUCACAGAAGCCAACACUGCCUUUGCCCUCAAUCUUUUCAAGAAACUGAGUGAAAAGGAUAGAACAAAGAAUGUGUUCUUUUCUCCUAUGAGUAUUUCCUCUGCUCUGUCAAUGGUCUUGCUGGGUGCCAAAGGGAGCACUGCAGCCCAAAUGGCAACUGUAUUAUCUGUGACCAAAAGUGAAGAGAUGCAUCAGGGAUAUGAGAAACUUAUUUCUGAAAUUAACAAGCCAGACACCAAGUACUUGCUGAAACUAGCCAACAGGCUUUUUGGAGAAGAGUCGUAUAAUUUUCUUGCACCAUUUUUAGAUUCCAGCCAGAAAUUCUACCAUGCCAAUCUAGAGAAACUUAAUUUCAUUAAAACGUCAGAAGAUUCCAGAAAACAUAUAAAUACUUGGGUGGAAGAACAGACAUCAGGUAAAAUCAGAAAUCUUCUUGCACCAGGAAUAAUUACCAGCUAUACAAGGCUGGUUUUGGUAAAUGCUAUCUAUUUCAAGGGAAAUUGGGCAAACCAGUUCCGGAAAGAUUGCACAAUGGAACGUCCGUUCAAAAUUAACAAGAAUGAAAGCAGAACUGUGCAGAUGAUGUUUAAGAAAGCGAAAUAUAAUAUGACCUACAUAGCGGAUUAUCGGACCAAAAUUCUUGAAAUCCCUUAUGUGGAUAAGGAGCUGAGCAUGAUUAUUCUACUUCCUGAUGAAAUUGAAGAUAAUUCUACUGGUUUGGAAAAGUUGGAGAGAGAAACAACAUAUGAGAAACUCAUGGACUGGAUCAAUCCAGAAAUGAUGGACCUAACUGAAGUCGAGCUGUCUCUGCCCAAAUUUAAACUGGAAGAAAUGUAUGACCUGAAGCCUAUUCUGAUUAGCAUGGGGAUGUCAGAUGCCUUUGACCAGCUCAAGGCUGACUUCUCAGGAAUGUCACCUCAAAAUGACUUAUUCUUAUCUGAGGUUGUUCACAAAUCCUUUGUAGAGGUAAAUGAAGAGGGCACUGAAGCUGCUGCUGCUACAGCAGCUGUUAUGAAUAUGCGUUGUGCUAUGAUUGUACCUCGAUUCACUGUUGACCAUCCAUUUCUCUUUUUUAUUCUGCACAACAAAACCAGAAGCAUCCUUUUCUAUGGUAGGUUUUGUUCUCCUUAAAAGUUGCAUAUCCUGCAGGUACAGUACAAACACAUGUCACUAUUACCUGCUGACAAUACAAUAUAUAAAGCUUUUAAUUUCACAUCAGAUUCUUCAAUGUUGUAUUUACACUAUAUAAUGCUGAGUGCUUUAACUGAUGCCACUUUGCCUGAAGCAGGCUUUUAUGGUGCUGUUAAUAUUUGAGGAAUGCCUGUAGAUAGGGUGAUCAUUACAAAGGAUGAGCCACUGAAGGUAACAAUGACUUUAUUCUAAGUCCUGCUCCUGAGGCAUAUUGAUGACAGUUCAUAUUCAGUGUGAUUUAUUGAAUAUAGGAGACAACAUUUUAUGAGCUGGUAUGGAAGAUCAAGCAUCAGCGGAUUUCUCUUGGAAAGGGAAGAGGAAGAGGCUAAGUGUACUCUUCAUUGUUUGUGUGUAUAUACACACACACACCUCAAAAGCAAAGGGCUUGCUUUUCAGUUGUCUUAGCUCCACGGUUUGUGAGAGUUUUCAUUCAUGGCCUUCCUCUUUCUAGAAUAUGUUGAGUAGGGGCAGAGAGAGCUGUCAAGCCUUUUUCCCCAGGGCCACAAGAAAUCACAAUUUAUUUUCUACACAAUUUCUGUUUUUCUGGUAAUUUGCUGCCAACAUAUCCUAAAAUAUUUCUUCAUCUGUUCUUUGGACAAAUCCUAUGAUAAGAAGUCCAUAUAAACAGACAUCAUUGACAAACAACUAUAAAAUAAUAUGUUUAAAUAAUAUGUUAAAAUAAUACGCUUAAUAACAGUAUAUUCAUAUAAGCUUGUGGUUACAGUUUCUUAUUUUCAGACAUCCUCAAAUAUACUCCUGAUCCAUUUGUAUUCUCACUCUUAUCCCCAAAACCACUUUCCAGUCUCCUACUGUCAUUUUUUACUCUUCCUUUUUAACCAUUACAUCAAGUCAGAGCAAAGCACAUUCCACACUCACUCAGUCACCCAUUUUGGCACUUACAUCUUGUCUUAUUUACUUUACUUUAAAAUACAAUUAACAAGAUAUCAUACCAUAAUCACUCAAUAAUACAAAGCUGUACAAACAUAGAAAACAGGUAAAGCACCACAGGGGCAUUUGUAAAUGUAAGCAGGCAGAACAAUCUUCUCUCAAAAAAGCAAGUUAAAUACAAUUUUCACAGUAGUAGAAAGAAUUACAAUUUCUGAAUGUAUAAGAUUUGGCUUUGAAAAGAAUAAUUCUGAAUCUGAUGUGGAAAACACUAUUAUAUUUCUCUUUUGAACAAUAUUUUAAAAGUGACAUUCAACCUUGUUUAAUUUAAGUAAAAACUGAAAACAAAUCUA